AGUAGUAGUAGUAGUAAUAGUCAGGAAUCUUCUAUUUCUAUCUACUACAAACGUGUAAUAAUAAAUAAAUAAAUAAUUAAAUACUAAAUAAUUGUGUAGUAUUUGUCGUAUAUAUGAAGCCUAGUAGUCUAUAUAUAUCAACUUGCAUAAAAUCAAAGAUUAGUGAUUCAAAAUCCUAAUCCUAAUCAUAAUCCUUAGGUGAGAUUUAGGUGAAGACCAAUCAAGUUUCUCUUCUCUGCUGCACAAACAAACACACAAGCUACAGGUUGUGUUUCUUAAAUACAUAUGUGAACUGUUGUUGCUGAUCAUUAUUGCAUCUAGUUACUUACCAAAAUGGUGACUCAAACUGCUCCUUAAAACCGUACUGCUAAACUCUUCUGCAUAACUAGCGAGUGGACCGUUUCAGUUGGGAACAACCUUUUCAUUUACAAUUACAAAGAUUCACUACUAGCGAUUCAAGAUGCAAAGGCAAUUCUGUCACCAAUCUGAUCUUUCUUUCGGAACCAUGAAGGAGGAAUGUUUCCCCGUGGAAUCAUACCCUGAAAUUGCUGCUUUCAUAGAUUGCGAUUCUCCUUCAUAUGCCAGUGUAUCAUCUAACAAGAGUCCAUUUUCUCCACAAGAUUCUCAAUCGCAAUCAUGCCAUUCAGAUCAUCAACAAUCAUCUGACAACACUUAUGGAUCGCCAAUAAGCGGGAUGUCUAGUGUUGAUGAUGGCCAUGAUUUGAAGCACAAACUUAGAGAACUGGAGAAUUCGUUGUUGGGGUCUGAUGAUUUCGAUAUUGUUGACAGUUACGGAAACUGCAUGGAGACUAGCCUCCACGGAGCAUCUCCAUCAGCUAAAUAUGAUUGGGAUCUAAUUGCAGAAAACAUUCAAAAGCUUGACUUGAAAGAAGUCCUCUUGCUAUGUGCACAGGCUGUGUCUGAUGGUGAUAUUCCAACAGCAAGAGGCUGGAUGGAUAAUGUAUUGGCGAAGAUGGUAUCGGUCGCUGGAGAUCCAAUCCAGAGGUUAAGUGCUUACUUGUUGGAAGGGCUUAGAGCUAGAUUAGAAUCGUCUGGAAGCUUGAUCUACAAGGCAUUGAAAUGUGACCAACCAACGAGCAAAGAACUAUUGAGUUACAUGCACGUUCUGUAUCAGAUUUGUCCAUAUUUUAAGUUUGCAUACAUAUCUGCAAAUGCUGUUAUUUCUGAAGCAAUGGCAAAUGAAUCCAUGAUUCAUAUAAUUGAUUUCCAAAUUGCACAGGGAACACAGUGGCUUCUACUUAUUCAAGCGCUUGCAAACAGGCCUGGCGGACCACCUUUUAUUCGGAUAACAGGUGUCGAUGAUUCACAAUCAUUUCAUGCGCGCGGUGGUGGACUUCAGAUUGUAGGAGAAAGGAUUUCAGACUAUGCCAAGUCUUGCGGAGUUCCAUUUGAGUUCCACAACACUGCAAUGUCUGGUUGUGAAGUCCAACGAGAAAAUCUUAAAAUUAUACCUGGAGAAGCCCUUGCCGUCAAUUUUCCCUAUUUUUUGCACCAUAUGCCGGAUGAGAGUGUGAGCAUAGAGAACCAUAGAGACAGAUUGUUGAGAUUGGUUAAGAGUUUGUCUCCAAAGGUUGUUACCCUUGUUGAGCAAGAAUCCAACACCAAUACAUCUCCAUUCUUUCAUAGGUUUGUGGAGACAAUGGAUUAUUACACAGCUAUGUUUGAAUCAAUAGACGUGGCUUGUGCCAAAGACGAUAAGAAACGGAUUAGUACAGAGCAGAACUGUGUGGCACGGGACAUUGUUAACAUGAUAGCCUGUGAGGGGAUUGAGAGGGUGGAGAGGCAUGAAGUUUUUGGAAAGUGGAGGAUGAGAUUUUCCAUGGCUGGAUUCAGACAAUGCUCAUUGAAUUCUUCAGUGAUGCAUUCUGUCCAAAAUUUGUUGAAGGACUACAAUCAAAAUUAUAGACUGGAACAUAGAGAUGGUGCUCUCUAUCUUGGUUGGAUGAAGAGAGCUAUGGCCACCUCCUCUGCUUGGAGAUGUAACUGACCCUUUUUUCGCCACCCUUUUGACCUGUGUACUUUAGUUUUAGCAUAAUGCAUGGUAUCCAAAGUUUCUCCAUAUAUAUAAACUUUGAGAUUUAGCUAUAUUCCAACAUGUACCUUUUAGCAGGUUAUUUUUGUAGUAUGCAGAAUCUCAAAACUUGUUGUAAAUGUCAAUACUGAAAUGAAAGAAACUGUGAGAUUCUCUUUA